UUUGUUGUAUUUUUUUAACUAUAUUGUAAUUUCAUGACUUGCUUCGUCAAAGCAAAAUAAGCUUGAAAUUUUGUUUUCUAACAGCAAAACUGAGAACAAUGGACUCAAAUGGAUUGAAAGCAGAAAUGGUUAAUGAUAAAGUUGGUGCACCGCCUAAAAGUAACCAUGAAGAUACCGGCUUUACCUCCUGCAGUACACAAUUAGAUAUUCAGGGCAUAAAGCUCACAGUUCGUAUGUUGCGAAUGAAUGCAGCGACAAUGGUUUUCAUAUCCCCGCAAGGAAAAGAAAGCCUAAACGAAAUGGGUAUUGCCUUUCCAGCCUGUGGUACGAGUGUGUUGCCUUCGAGCACGACAUUAUUUGGACCGGAAUACGCCUCUAAUUCACAACGAUUAGCAGAUCUAUGGAGCAAACGUUACAAGCGCCAAUUUAUAGUAAGCUGUAAUGUGCAAACAAAUGGCAUUGACGGAUCUCUGGUAGAAAAGGCUAUAAGCGAGUGGGUGCGUGUAAAUGUAAUGGCAUGAAACAAUAAAAUAUAAUAUUUAAUAUACCCAGUAAGUUACAUGACUAUUUUUAUAAUUAGAAGUAAAUUGCUAUUUGUUAAAAUAAAAAUUGCAUUUACAAAAUAUUUUUGUGAAUGUUAGUCACGAAA